GAAUCCCCAGCUGGUAUGGCUAACCAAAACAGUGUUUAUCACCACCCUCUGGAGAUGGAAUGGCGUAAAUCAAUCUAGAAUAUUCAUAUCCCUCUACUGCAUUGAAACUUUGUCAUAAUGAAUUAUUACAAAGUAUUUGCACCCAUUUGAUGAAGGAAUAAGUUUGACUUAAAUUACCUUUCUCGAGGCAAGUCAGUGGAUUUUAAACUCUUCACAAACAAACUUUCAUAAAGAAAUUGUAUAUUUCUUGGACAUGAAAACUUAUAAAGCUUGUUGGUUGAUUGGUGAAUGAUGCAGACUGUUUUUAAAUGAUCGUCAAGAAUUUGGUUUAAAGUGAUCCUCACGUUUGAUAUUGUUUUUAGGUAUUAAAAGACUGUUUAGUGCAGCUCAAAGGACUACAGAGCACUGAGGAGGAUGACACAGAAGUUGAUAAUGAAGCCCGAGUCCAGCAGCUUAUGGAUGUGACAAGAGUGAGUGCCAAGUUGUCUCUUGUGGAAGGAGAAAAGAAUGAACUGGAUGCCAAAUAUGAAACAGAAGUCAAAGGAAGACGAGAACUUGAAGCCAAGAUUGGGUCCCUUCAACAAGAGGUUGACCUGGCACAAUCCAACUACAAGCAGGCCAAGAACAGCCUGGCUGAAGCACAGACCAAACUGGAGGUCAUGACAGAAUACUUCAAGAACAAAGAGGUGGAGUUACAGAGGAAACUUGGUCGUGAAGAGGCUCUGAGACUUCAGAGUGACUCGAAGCUAGAGAAUGCUGAUGGCAAAGCAGCAUCAGCUGAAGUUGAGAUCACCAACUACCGGACUCAGAUCAAAGAUCUCAAAGAGGAGUUGGAAAAAGCUGAAAGGAAUUUCAGAAAUCAAGUUGCAGCUCAUGAAAAGAAAGCACAUGACAGCUGGAUCUCUGCUCGCGCAGCUGAGAGGGAACUCCAGGAAGCUAAGAGAGAAGCUGCAAGUCUGAGACACAGAUUGACGGAGCUGGAAGGUCGACGAGCUAAGACUGACACAGCUCCCUUGUAUAAACCAUCUCCAUCUGGACGUGAAGGGAGUCCGCAGCCUGUGAAACAAGGUGUGCCCAGUAGGAACAGUCUCCUAGCUGACACUCCAUCACCACCUCACCUAGAUCCUGGUAGACCCUUGUCACCACGUAGACCCAACUACCAAGGUGACCUUCCCCCGUCGCCUCCAUUGGAUGGUGAUGUGGGCCCCUACCGACGCUCAUCUAGAUCAGGCAGGGACUCUGGUCCACCCCCACCAUUCCCGGAUGAUGGUCCGCCCCCUCCCCACCCAUCAAUGGGUAGAGCGCCCCCACAUGGACGUCACUCCCGAGGCCCUCCCUUGUCAGAGAUGGACUAUGACCCUCGUGAUAUGAGAGAACUGAGCCCUCCUCCGGACUUUGGAUAUGGCCCUCAUGGUCCACCUCCUCCGGACAUGGAUUUCGGUCCUCCCCCUUUCAGUGGACCUCCACCCCCUCUUCGUCACCCCUUCCCUCCCAGAGAUUUCCCACCUCAUCCUGAUGAUUUUGACCGCCGAGGACCCCCAUUAGACGAUCGUGAUUUUGGGCCUCCACCCAUGGAUGACCGUGACUUUGGUCCCCUUGGUGGAUACGGACCUCCACCGCCUGAUAUGGACUUUGGCCCUCGUGGCCCUCCACCACCUGGACCAAUGCAUGGUCCAGGGCCCUACCCAAAUGACAUGGGGCCACCUCCCAUGGAUAGAGGAGAACCUCCACCACCUAUGGGCCCUAGGAAUCCAGGCAUGAGACCAGGCAGUCGUGGUCCUUACCCACCCCCUGCUGGAGCCCCACCUCCAGGGGCUUUUCCCCUGAGUGGUCCUUCAUUUGGCACUCCAACAGGAUCGCAAAGAACAUCAACCCCAUUAGAUGGGACACCAGUCACACCCCAGACCAGACCCAGCUCCAGACCAAUUCAAGGACCUUAAAACCACCACUUUUACCAAAUCUCUCUAAACUUUUACUUGAAAUUCUUAGAGAUAGAACAUGCUCGUCUUAUCAGUUGGUAAAGGUGUAUGUGUUUUUAUGAACCAAAAACUUAUUUGUUGCUACUUAAAGAUGUCAAUUUAUGUCAUUACAGUGUGAUACCUACCCUUUUCAAAGCUUCCCAAUCAAAGCGUCUUAUAAUUUUAUUCCAUUUCUUAAUGAAGUAAUUCAGUUUAAAUUAAUGUUAAACAUUUUAUUUCUAAAAUAAGUUAAUUAAAAAAUAAGAUUUAAGUAAACCAAUAGGACUUUGAAUUUCCUUUUAGUUAUCCUGCUUGUCAGCCUUGAACCCUGAAAUAGAAAAAGAUUUAAAAGUUUACUCUAUCAGCUAGAUUAUGUAUUCCACAUCAAGAGACUUCUUGAAUAAAUGUGGAUAUGAAUUUGUUCCUUUUGUAACCCUCGUAAUUUUGAUUUGGUGCAGGCAUUGAAUAUGGAACCUUGUAUCAAACCUGAUAAUUUUUAAAGUAAGAUGUACUUCCAACUCCAUAGUUACCUUUGAACAAUUGUCCUCCUUUGAGUCUGAUCAGAUUUUUAGGAGCCCUGUUUCCUUCUGCUGCUACAUCUUUUCACAGAAUGCUGUUUGGAUAAAGCCAUCUUGGUUAGAGAAACUUGCUCUAAGAGUCAGGAGGCUGUCUUCAUUUACAUAAUCGUUAAGACCAUGAUUUGAAUCUCUUCCAGGGACCAUGUAUCCCGAGGCAAGGCACAACCAUAGCUGCUUCCUCCUGCCUAGAAUGAUAUGGAUGCCUAUUAGGGCGGAGUUAAUGAUUAGAAGUUGAAUCAGGGAUGUAUGUAUGACAUGACUUAUAUAUUGACCUGUUCACUAGUAUCACUCAUCUGUGAAAGUAUCCAAGAGUACUGAUAUUGAGGGUAAGCUCAACACCAUUGCUCCGAUGCACAUACUGUUAACAUGUGCAUUGAUAAUACAUGCACUAAUGCUGUGCAUUCAUGCAUGUCACUUUUUGAGAUGGUAGAACCAAUGCAUUCAUUAUCUGCACUCUGAUAAUCAAGUAAAGGUGUAAUCCGUACCAAUGCAAUGAAGAUACUGACGAAUGAUAGCGGAGAAUAAAAAGACUAGUGGGCUUUUAUACACGUAUAAAUGAUUCAAAGGACAACCCUUAAGCAUGCAUAUGUCAGGCAAAUAUUCUCCUCAUAUGGCAAAUAGCAUUUUGUUAAGUAGCACUUUGGAACAGGGCCCAUAUUAGUGCAAUAAUGUUAUUGAUCAUGUGGUUUACUGUAGAAACCAUUGUGAAUAUUCAUGACUGAAUGACAUGGUGCUUUUGAUACGCAUUGUACAUGUGAUUUAUGAUUGGUAACAGGGUACAGAAGUUUGUAUUUGUCACAACAUCCUGCAAGGUGCAACUCUAUAGAGCACAUGAUGCAAGAUAUGAGACGGAGAGAAUUCUUUUCAGACAUCUAGGGGCGAUGUGUUAGGUAACAAUAGUCCAGAGAGUGUAUAGUGAUUGGACAUUAGUGAUGGGGGGUACCCCUUUGUCUCAUUUCUUGCUGGUAACUAUAGAGAUGCACAUCUACUCUACCUAAUCCUUGGAAUAAAAACUACAGUAAAUUGGACAAAAUUAAGUCACUUCUAAUUUGGCAAAUUCCGUGCCCUUGCGAAGACAAGUGGUGUUAACUUUUUAAUUACUGUUUAAAUGUCUAAUGGGACUUGCUCACGUUGAGUUUUAGAUCACUUAAACAUUGCAGAAAAGUAAACACGGGGGUGUUAAGGCCAGAUUCACUGAAGGUUUUUAGAGCCAAUCACGUUAGUUUUUUUUCCAUGCAGCGUCCAGAAGGUGUCAAUUGACUGAGCCGUGCAUAAAACAAGCUGCUACAAUCAAUAUUUCAAGAUUUGAUACUUCAGUUGUCACUGAAGUUUUCCUUGACAGUUUUUAUUUUGAGACGUGGUCUCAAGUGUUUAAUGUGGUUAUGCUGAUUGAUUGUCUGUAGAGAGACUACUGCGCCAUCAUAAAUGCAACUUACAAACGUCGGUUGACUCUUGAAAUUUAGUGUUACAAUGCCAAGUUUGUUGCAAGAAAAUAAAGGCCUUCCCAGCUUAAUGUCGUCAAAAUGCGAGUUCUCUUCAA